AUGGAGAUCUUGUCAAGGAAGCUAGAAUGGGUGAAGGGCCAGGGGAGGAUCACAUGUAUCAAAGCUGGUAGAAGAUGCCCAGCCAUUUCACACUUAUUUCUUGUUGAUGAUGCGCUCCUAUUUUUCAAGCCAAGUAUGGAAGUAUGCAGGGAUUUGAGGAAGGCUCAGGAUGAGUUUUGUGUUGUAUCAAGAGAGGUGGUCAGUGCAAAGAAAUCAUUUGUCAUGUUUAGCCCGAACACUCCCUCCACAUUUGUGAGAAUCCUCAGGAAAACCUUAGGAAUGGCAAGCAAAUGCUCGCUUGGAGCUUACUUAGGAUGCCCUAUGGAUGUGGAUGGAAAAAUCCUUGUGGCUAUAGCAACGCACAUCUUAGCUCUUUACCUGUUACCAAGGAAGAUCUUGGGGAAAAUUAGCUCUAUGUGUCUGAAGUUAUUCUGGGAAGGAGUGAAGGAUAAGAGACCUAUAUACUGGAGGAAGAGAGAGGUGUUGGAAAGACAUAAAUCGGAGGGUGGUCUUGGUUUGAGAAAUGUGCAAAAACUUAAACAAGCAAUGGUGCUCAAACAGGCUUGGAAAGUUCAUGACAAUAGGAAUACGUUGAUGAGCAGACUCAUUGUUGGUAGAUAUGGUCUCUCUAAUUGA